AUGGAUAGCAGAAUGUUACUACUGUUCCAAAAGCUCGGCAGAUUUGACUACGAAGUCCAUAAAGAUCGAAUUUCUCCAGCGUAUCCAGGGACUUGCCAAUGGUUCCUAACGCACGAACAAUACCAUGCCUGGCGAACUUCAGAUAAAAGCUGCCUCCUCUGGUUGUCUUUUGACCCUGGGUGUGGAAAGUCAGUCCUGAUGAGGCAUCUGGCCGAUACCUUCCAGCCAUCGACAUCCAGCUGUGUAUGCUAUUUCUUCUUCAAAGCGGAUGGGGACCUUGAGCAACGGGACCUGUCGCAUGCAUUCUCGGCAAUUCUGCAUCAGCUCUUCACGGUAUUCCCACAGUGGAUAAACGAGUUGGAAAAAGAGUACGACCGCCAUGGAUCUAGCCUAGUUAGCAUGGGUAGCAGACUUUUGCGCAUUUUCACAGAUAUGUCGAAAGUCAAAGUAUCUAGGAAGACUGAGGUUAUUUGUCUUCUAGAUGCUGUUGACGAAUGCCAGGAGCCAGAACAAACAGAGCUCCUACACCAGCUUAUUAAGACGAUUGUCGAGCUUUCAGAGCAGGGGUGUUGCAAUUCUCCAAGGAUAAAGUUUCUGGUGUCCAGCCGCCCAUAUAACAAAAUCAAGAGAAAACUAAGUUCUCUACUUCGGCAAACAAAUGGGUACCAUAUCGAUGGAAAUGCCAAUACCGACAAGGUCAGUGAUGAACUUAGUCUUUUCACAAAGGCACAAAUUACCGAAAUCUGUCACGAAAUUGGCCUUUCAGAACAUGUCCAGAACAGGUUAAUCGAGCGACUAGCGACUUCUCAAGAGCGAACGUACCUGUGGAUCACCCUAGUCCUGGUGGAAAUUCGACAGAUGCCCGGAAAAUCGGAAAGGAAAGCAUUUGCUGUUAUCGACAACCUCCCGCAGACCGUUAAUGAGGCGUACGAAAAGAUCUUAGCAGGAGUUAGGGACAAGUCGCAAGCGAGGAAAGUGUUAUCACUGAUUCUGGCCGCAGAACGACCAUUGACCCUGUCCGAAAUUGACGCCGCCUUAGAAGUCAGCGAGAGGACUUCCCGGUUUAGUGAUCUAGACCUUGAAGGGGCAAGGCCUAGAGAGGAAUUUGUACGACAGGUCACUGGACUUUUCGUGACCGUACAGAAUGGGAGGGUAUACUUUCUUCACGAAACAGCACGGGAUUUUCUUCUCAGAAAAGGUCGAUCCUCCAGAACCUUAGGAAGCAAAGUGGACGAAUGGGGCUCCUCAUUUUCUGCAUUGGAGGCUCAUAAGCAACUAGCCGACAUUUGUGUUCGCUACCUUCAA